AUGGAUUCUCAGGAGAUAGGAAUUCCGAUGCUAAUCGUAGACGUUCUUUGCAGGGCUUCGACGAGGAAAGCCUCGACUUCUGUUCCUGAGGGCGUUCCGGAGCAAGUGAUCGAGCUUGACUCUCCUCCUUCCUCGGACCAUGACGAGUCUUCCCAUCACGAUGAGAGUGCUUCUCAUCACGAUGAUGGUUUGAGGACUCCGGCGCGUGGUGGUUCGCCUUCUAAGGGGGACGAGUUCCUCACCCCCUGGCGGGCGUUCCCUCCUCUGACCGGCGUGAUCGUGGUGGUUUCGAAGGAGGGGAAUCAUCUCGGCGUCCAGGUGAGAAUGAUGAGGCGGCGUCUCGUCACUCGGAGGCGGGUGGUUUUGCUCCUGGCUCGAACCUCGGUGCUGAGGGCGACCGGAAUUCCAAAGGAUGGUCCUGAGGGCUAUAAUCCUCACGCGUUCAAGACGUGGUGGAAUGGCGGGAGUCCUCUUAUGGAGGACCAGGAUGCUUGCGGAGGGGCGACUUGGAUGUCUAAAGUUCAUCCCGGCUUGGGGAUUCCGCGUGAGGAGCUCACCUUUAGGACCGAUUUCGACGAAGCUGCUCAACAUCAUAUUAUGUCUGGCGGGAAGUUCACCGCGUUGGUCCAGAAGUACGAGACGGCGCUUCGGGAGCUAAGGAGAGGCCAAGAUGUCGACACGAUGGUGGCCGAUUUGCAGCAGGAUAAACUGGCGCUUGAGUCGAAGGUCGCGGCGCUGAACAAGGAGAUCGUGAAGACUCUCGGACUCCAGGGGUGGCAGACAGCUGAGGGCUCAAGUGGGUGA